ACGUUAGGCGCUGAUUGGAGAACGGGCACCUCGGGCCCCGCCUCCCUCGCCCAAGUUCCGUUAGCAGUCAGAAAAUGGGUAAGAAGAGUCGAGUGAAAACGCAAAAAUCAGGCACUGGUGCCACAGCGAGCGUGUCUCCGAAGGAAACCUUGAACCUGACCAGUGAGCUGUUACAGAAAUGCAGCAGCCCCGCGCCCAGCCCAGGGAAGGAGUGGGAGGAGUACGUGCAGAUCCGGUCUCUCGUCGAGAAAAUACGGAAAAAACAAAAAGGUCUGUCUGUUACUUUCGAUGGAAAACGAGAAGACUACUUUCCCGACCUGAUGAAGUGGGCCUCUGAAAAUGGAGCCUCUGUCGAGGGCUUUGAGAUGGUCAACUUCAAAGAAGAGGGCUUUGGUUUGAGAGCAACAAGAGACAUCAAGGCAGAAGAAUUAUUUUUAUGGGUUCCACGGAAAUUACUAAUGACUGUUGAAUCUGCUAAAAAUUCAGUGUUGGGGCCCUUAUACUCUCAAGAUCGGAUUCUUCAAGCUAUGGGAAAUAUCACACUGGCCUUUCAUCUGCUGUGUGAGCGAGCCGACCCUAAUUCUUUCUGGCAGCCCUACAUUCAGACCCUCCCCAGCGAAUAUGACACCCCUCUCUACUUCGAAGAGGAUGAAGUUCGGGACCUCCAGUCCACACAAGCCAUCCACGAUGUCUUCAGCCAGUACAAGAACACGGCUCGCCAGUACGCCUACUUCUAUAAGGUCAUCCAGACCCAUCCUCAUGCCAACAAACUGCCCUUGAAGGAUGCUUUCACUUACGAGGACUACAGGUGGGCAGUCUCCUCUGUUAUGACUCGACAGAACCAGAUUCCCACGGAGGACGGCUCCCGGGUGACCCUGGCGCUGAUCCCCUUGUGGGACAUGUGCAAUCACACCAGCGGCCUGAUCACCACCGGCUACAACCUGGAAGACGACCGAUGUGAGUGUGUGGCGCUCCAGGACUUCCGGGCCGGAGAGCAGAUUUACAUUUUUUAUGGCACUCGGUCAAAUGCAGAGUUUGUGAUCCACAGUGGUUUUUUCUUUGACAAUAAUUCACACGACAGAGUGAAAAUAAAGCUGGGAGUGAGUAAGAGCGACCGGCUGUACGCCAUGAAGGCCGAGGUCCUGGCCCGCGCCGGCAUCCCCACUUCCAGCGUGUUCGGGCUGCACCUUACCGAGCCGCCGGUCUCUGCCCAGCUCCUGGCUUUCCUCCGCGUAUUCUGCAUGACCGAAGAAGAACUGAAGGAACAUUUGCUAGGAGAUAAUGCCAUCGACAGGAUCUUCACCCUGGGUAAUUCCGAGUACCCUGUUAGCUGGGACAAUGAGGUCAAACUUUGGACGUUUCUUGAAGAUCGGGCCUCGCUUCUUCUAAAAACCUACAAGACCACCAUUGAGGAGGACAGGGUCUUCUUGAAGAGCCACAGCCUCUCUGUGCGCGCCACGAUGGCCAUCAAGCUGCGCUUAGGGGAGAAAGAGAUCCUGGAAAAAGCGGUGAAGAGCGCGGCCGCCAACCGGAACUACUACCGCAAGCAGAUGGAGGCGGGGGCCCCGCUGCCCCGGUGCAUGGAGAGCGGCGUGCCGGGCGCCAGGCUGCCCUUGGCCUUGCGGAGCCUGGAGGAGGAGGCCGGCGCGCAGGAGGCCCUCACCCUGGCCGAGGCCGUGGGCCGGGCGAAGGCCGUGGAGAACGGGCUCGUCAACGGCGAGAACUCUAUCCCCAACGGGACCGGGUCGGAGAAGGAGAGUUUAAAUCGGGAGGAAAGCAGAAGAGCGACCGAAGGCACCAAAGAAUCUUCCUCGGACCGCGCGGAGGGCUCCGGGGAGCAGUAGCCGCGCAGAGGGCCCUCCGCGCCCGUCGAGUUGGGCGGAAGUCUGUGGACCGUCCAUUUACAUCGCCGCGCUCCCCUGUUCACGGUUCUCUUUCCGCAGGGAGGAAAAUAUGUUUUUGCUGCUUUAUAUAAAAAUGAUUUUAAGUUAUUUAAAAAAAAAAUCUAGCUUCCCUUUCUGAUUAAGAUUGCCAUCUUGCUUCCGGGCAAAACGGGCAGGUUGUCAGGCCUCGACGGCAGAGGACAAGGAGGGGCUGUGGGAGAUCCCGUGGGCCCCCUUCCCCGAACGAAGGCAGGCCUGCCCCCCCCCCCCCCCGCUGGGCCCUGCUGGGCGCUGCCCCCUGCCGCGGGGGCGGGGGACGGUGGCCCUCGGGCUUGGCAACUCGAGGGCCCGGGCGACACUUUUUUGGGUUUUUUUUCCUAAAAAAAAAAAUAACACCCCGGUACUGAAAGAAAAGUGAAGGUGGCAGCCUUGUUUUUAAUAGGUUAAUGUUGAUGAUAAUCCUAAUUAUGUAAAUACACAGCCCUAGUGAUGUCUAAAGAUUUGUUUACUUUUUGUGUUUGGUUUUACUGUAUUAAGAACUUGACCUUUGUCCUUGAACCACAGUAGGACAUGCAUCCUCCUCCUCAUGUUACAUGUUGGCUCUGAUUUUAAAGUGGUGCGUUCGGUUUCCCCGCGGACCGGAGGGCGCGCGGCAGCAGCGGGGCCUCACCCUCCGGGCCGGCGCAGCGAGGCGGCUCCCCGGCUCUUCUGGUUUUCACAAGCUAGAGAUUUUCAAAGCUACACUUUUGAGUAAAAAGCCUUAUUAAACAGGAAAACAUGAUUAAUA